AUGUCCAAUAUGAUACCACAUGGUGGCGCUACUAGAUCCAUACGUAAAAAACGAAAUAUACAGCUAAAGCUUGAAAGUUCUCCAGUUGUCUCGUCACCACAAAAGACUGGUCCAGACGAUGCAAGAGAAGGACUAGCUCAGCGUAUUACAGAUCUUGAAGUUGGGUUGGAAUUUAGAUUGGAUUUAAAAUCUGAAGAUUUGAAGCAUUUGAAAGAACUGGGGGCAGGCAAUGGUGGUACGGUGUCGCAGGUUAUGCACAUUACUACUAAGACUUUGAUGGCAAAAAAGAUUAUUCAUAUUGACGCAAAUCCAAGCCUUCGAAAACAAAUUCUUCGAGAACUUCAAAUUCUUCAUGAUUGUAAUUCAAGAUAUAUUGUAUCAUUUUAUGGCGCAUUCAUGUCUGAUGCAGACAUUUCAAUGUGUAUGGAAUAUAUGGAUGUUGGUUCGCUUGAUCAAAUCUAUAAAAAGAAUGGGCCUAUACCUUUAGAAAUUGUUGGCAAAAUCACGAUAGCAGUUUUAGAAGGCCUUAAUUAUCUCUAUGAAAGUCAUAGGAUCAUUCACAGAGGUAAAUUAUAUAUUAUUGAAACUUUUCUGUCAAGACAGAUCAAGAUUUGUGAUUUUGGUGUAUCUGGGCAAUUAAUUAAUUCUAUUGCCGAUACAUUUGUAGGAACAUCAAAUUAUAUGUCGCCAGAACGUAUUCAAGGUGCUACAUAUAGUGUUCGUUCUGAUGUUUGGUCGGUUGGCAUUACUCUGAUGGAAUUGGCGAUGGGUCGAUUUCCAUUUCCACCAGAUGGUAGUCAAUUGACUGUGUUGGAACUUUUGCAACAUAUUGUAAAUGAGGCAGCACCAAAGCUACCAGUUGGAAAGUUCCCAGAAGACUUUGAUGAUUUCGUUCAGAAAUGUUUAAUCAAGGAAGUAAGUGGUCGACCAUCUCCAAAUGAAUUGUUGAAACAUCGUUACGUUACAGAUGCUAAAGAAUCCAAAGUGGAUGUUGAAGCUUGGGCAAAGAGCAUUAAUAGAUAA